AUGAAGUACCAGUCUUUGGCCCUUGCGGCCACCACAUUCCUUACCUGUGCGUCAGCAUUCCCUCGCAUGGAUGCAGAGCAACUCAAGGCAUACAACGAAGCCUCCAAGAGAAGUGCUGAACCUGCAGCAUGCCCUUACGCCAAGCGCGAAGCAGAGGCAGCUGCGGACCCCAGCUGUCCUUUCGCGAAGAUAGCAAACAAGUUCAAGCGCAGCACAUUCAACGCUGAGCAACAACAUAUCCGGACUGAUGGCGAAUAUGCGUUCGUACCGCCCAACUUUCAGUCAGGAGACCAGCGUGGACCAUGUCCCGGCCUCAACGCUCUGGCGAAUCAUGGCUACUUGCCCCACUCAGGUGUCGCCGAUAUGCAGACGAUCAUCAAAGCCACCAACGAGGUAUAUGGCAUGAGCCUCGACCUGGGCGGAUUCCUGGCCGUCUAUGGCACUGUGUUCGAUGGCAACCCACUCUCAACGAGCCCAGGCUACAGCAUCGGCGGGCCAAGCAAGGACUCACAGAACAUCCUCAACGGCGUUGGUUUGCUAGGCACACCCAGUGGUCUCUCCGGAUCCCACAACAAGUACGAGUCUGACGUUUCUCCGACUCGUGCCGAUCUCUACCUUACCGGCAACAACUUCCAUAAUGUCAAGGACCGCUUCGUCGACUACUACUAUGCACUCAAGGAGAACACUCCUGCACCAGAACAAUAUACUGCCCUGGCGCCCUUCCAUGCACAACGAUAUGAAGAGUCGCUGAUGUCAAACCCUUACUUCUUCUACUCACCAUUUGCCGGCAUCCUCGUUUCUCCUGCAGGCUAUUCAUUCCCGCCGCGAAUGAUGGCCAAUCACUCUGAGGAGUACCCGGAAGGCUACCUAUCCAGGGAGACAUUCUCCACCUUCUUCGGUGUUGACACCCACGAGUCCCAGAACCCGCAAGACUUUGAGGUCAAGCAGGGCUGGGAGCGUAUCCCGGACAACUGGUACAAGCGACCCAUCAACGACGAGUUCUCCAUCCCCGACUUCCUCCUCGAUGUCCUCCAGCACGCCGAGUACGAUCCUCGUCUUUUGUCAUUCGGCGGCAACACGAAUGGCGUCAAUACGUUCGCCGGUCUCGACAUCGGCGACCUCACUGGUGGUGUACUGAACUUCGCCAACCUCCUUGACCCCAACAAUCUGCUAUGUGUCGCCCUGCAGAUUGCUGAGGCUGCUGCUCCGGAUGUGCUUGGCAGUCUGUACACGGAUGUGAAGAAGGCCAUGACGCCUCUGACCGACAAGGUCACACAGCUGCUUGCUGGCAAGGGUUGCCCGCAGUUGCAAAAGAUCAACUCGGAGCUCUUUGAGAAGUAUCCUGGAUAUACUGAAAGCUAUGGUAGCUAUGCUGGUUUCUCUGAGAUUGGUACUGAUCCGGUCGACGGCGUGUUGGAGGGCGUUACUGGCGUUCUUGGAGGUUUGAUCCCGACUGGGCAGAAGGUGUAA